GAGAUGAGUUGUUCCUUUGGCGUCCGACGUUAAUUAUGGUUGUGUUUGCGGAGUAAAUUGCUUCUGAAUUUCAAAUAUGGCCACCAAGGAAAUGGACUCAACGGUCCAAAUGCGUCUCUAUACUCUUACCAAACGGCAAUUUGUUUUGGUCUUCGUCUCGUUUUUCGUGGCUUUUUUCCUCACAGUUAUCAUUGGAAUUGCAGGACCUUCUAUUAUUGCUAAACAUACCCAAAGUGCAUCAAACCUUCAUGUAUCAAAUGGAAAGUUAUUGACCGGGCCAUUUCAGAUAGACACAGGAAUCCUAUCAACAUUUAAUCAACAGCUAUGGUUACUCUGCCAGAUCAAACUGAAUGGAACAAGAGCAGGAAUGUAACCCUUUGGUUAUUUUACAUCUUGGUUAUCUUGAUUAUCCAUCAUAUGUGGCAACUGUCAAAUUUCACGGCCUCCAAUUUCCUACAGGAAUCGAUAUUAGAGACAUUGAUUUUGUGUUGAAACAUUACAGUGCUGAUUUCAGUCAGGUUGAAAUCUGGUUCAGAUUUGUAUUCCUUGUACUUACAUUCAUGGUUACGUGUAUGUUUGCUCAUUCAUUGAGAAGAUUUCCAUUACGGGAGUGGUCCAUAGAACAGAAAUGGAUGUCACUUCUUCUUCCACUGCUGUUGCUGUACAAUGACCCAUUAUUUCCUCUCAACUUCCUGGUGAACAGUUGGGUUCCUGGAAUGUUUGAUUCAGUGUUCCAGGCAUCAUUUCUCUGUGGCCUUUUGCUCUUCUGGCUUUGCGCCUUCCAUGGCAUCAGACAGAGCGAAAGAAGAUUAAGUUUCUAUCUCCCCAAAGUUCUCAUUGUUGGCCUGCUAUGGAUUGCAUCAUUCACACUGUCAUCAUGGCAACAAUAUAAUGAGUUACAAGAUCCCACAUACCAGUACAAGAUAGAUAUUGGCCAUUUUAUGGGUCUUAAGGUGAUGUUCUUCACUAUUGGUGCCAUUUACUUGGUGUACUUGAUCUACCUGUUAUUCAGGGCAUACAGUGAGCUCAGAGCCAUGCCUUACUUUGAUGUUCGCCUAAAGUUCCUCACAGGUCUUAUGCUGAUUGUCUUGACAAUAAGUCUGGUAAUCACAGGCCUUCGGUUUGGGACUGGAGUGUUGCAGGACAAUUUUGUGGCAGAACUGGAAACACACUAUGAUAAUUCUGCCGAAUUCCUGACAUUUUUUGGAUUACUCAACUUCUAUUUGUACACCAUGGCAUUUGUGUAUUCACCAUCUAAGAAUGCUCUUUAUGAAUCCUAUUUCCGUGAUCAGUCCACAUUUUCGAUGUUGAACGAGUCUGAAGAUGAAGACGCCAUGAUAUACAACUCUCAGCGGGAAAAAGGCACUUUUAGCAGCAGCGAAGAAGAAACUUAGAGCAUUACACUUCCCUCUCAGCGAUGUAGGCUUAAAAACAACGCUCUUCUCUGAAGUUUUGUAUUCUGAAAGUGCUAAUUUUAGAAAAAAGAAAAAAAAAAAGUUAUCAUCUUUAAAAUUGCCUAAGGUUUCCCCUUUGGAUCAGAUCUUCAAAAAACAGUCCCUUAAAAUACAUCAACUCGUUUGACGCGCUUUUUCCCUUUUGGUUUGUUCGUUUGUUUGUUGUUUUCCUUUUUAUGAGCAGGAUUUUACUCUAAAUUACACUAGAGUAGAAAAUCAUGUUUAUUUAUGAAAAUCUCACGUAACCCUUCAUUUCUUGAUUAGAGGAAAAAGAAUUUAGAAUGA